UGGAGAAAAUAUUUUCAUUUCAGCAAAAGUGUUAGAAAAAAUGAAAUUUGUGUAGAAAAUUUAAUUUUUUAAGCUUUUAAACAAAUUAAAACCAAAAAACAACAACUAAUUAAAGAAAAUAAAAGUGUUAACGUUGAGUAGUGUUGUGAAUACUAACAAAAAACCUACUAAAUUACCAUGGAAAUGGCAAAAAGUUUAUUUGGUCGAGAUCAUGAUGGCUAUGUGGGCAGAGAUGAACAUACGAAAAAACUACAAACUUUAAGUUCAGAAGAUGAUGUUAUUGAAGAGUUACCCACUAUGAUGGAGGAAUUGAGUGUAGUGGAUGGCUUAAGGCCCAAUCCGGGAGGUCCAUUUUCAGCUUUAACACCUUCUAUGUGGCCUCAAGAGAUACUGGCGAAACUGGGUCAACCGGAGUCGGAGACUUCAGCUGGACCCAAUGAUCAACCGGACUAUAGAUUUGAUGAGUUUGGAUUUCGGGUGGAGGAAGAAGAUGGUCCUGAACAAAACUCUAAUAAAUUAUUAGGCAUACCUUUUGUAGAGGAUGCUCAGCAUCGUUUGCAAUGGAUUGCCCAUUUAGAAUUUUCCCACAAUAAAGAGGCUACUGAAUUGACGUGGGAACAUGUUGAUGUUAUGCUACCACGCACUGAAAAACUGAGGAAUAUGGUAAGAGAAGGUAUACCGCAUUCUUUACGAGCCCAAAUGUGGAUGCGUUUAUCGGGCGCCUUAGCCAAGAAACAAAAAAGUGAAACCAGUUAUCAGGACAUUAUUAAGGCGUCAGCAAAUGAUCAAUUAAUGACUUCAAAACAAAUCGAAAAAGAUUUAUUGCGCAUCUUGCCCACUAACGCUUGUUUUAGUAAUCCCAAUGGUACUGGUAUACCAAGACUAAGACGCAUUCUACGUGGCAUUGCUUGGUUAUAUCCAGAUAUUGGGUAUUGCCAGGGUACCGGUGUUAUAGCCGCCUGUUUACUUUUAUUUAUGGAAGAAGAAAAUGCUUUCUGGAUGAUGGCUACUAUAGUAGAAGAUCUCUUGCCAGCUUCUUAUUACUCUUCAACUCUGUUAGGUAUUCAGGCCGAUCAGCGGGUCAUGCAAACACUUAUUGCAAAUUAUCUGUCGGCUGUUGAUGAUUCAUUGAAGAAACACGAUAUUGAAUUAUCGUUAAUAACGUUGCAUUGGUUUCUAACACUGUUUGCAAAUGUGGUACAUAUGAAGAUAUUGGUUCGCAUUUGGGAUUGGUUUUUCUAUGAAGGUAGUAUUGUACUCUUUCAACUUACCUUGGGUAUGCUUAAAAUGAAGGAGAAAGAUUUACACAAUCUUGAGAAUUCGGCGCAAAUAUUUAAUUCUCUGUCGGAUAUACCGGGUGAAGUGGAUGAUGUGGAGGAUCUUUUUAAACUUGCCCUAGAAGUUGGCGGCUCUUUAAGCCAAACUGUUAUCGACACACAUCGUCGACGACAUUUGGCCUAUCUAAUGGCCGACCAAGGCGGUUUAGUUGGCAAUCCAGAUGCUGUACCCAAUUUACCCAAACAACAUUUGGCCCGUAGACAGGUGCGCAAAUCAAAAUCGAUACUCGAAACUUUACUAUUCCGUGGUGACAACACUGGAGAUGAGAUUAAAAACAAGAACAUAAGGCAAACAGAGAUUUUGGUAGAUUUACGUGAAGCAAUACUUAAAGUAGCUAGACAUUUUAUAACAAUUGAACCGAAAUUGGCCAAUCACAUACAAUUAACAGCCGAUUAUAGCACACAAUCACAUGCUAAAGAUCAUGAGAAUUUCAUAAAUGUAGCCAGGACACGCAAGAGAAGAGCCAAGGCUUUGCAUGACUUUGAAAGGCAUGACGAUGAUGAAUUGGGUUUUAGAAAGAAUGAUAUAAUAACGAUUGUCAGCCAAAAGGAUGAACAUUGCUGGGUAGGAGAACUAAAUGGCUUAAGAGGAUGGUUUCCAGCUAAAUUUGUGGAACUUUUAGAUGAACGUAGUAAGCAAUAUACUUCAGCUGGAGAUGAUGCUAUAUCAGAAACGGUAACUGAUUUGGUGAGAGGUACUUUGGCACCAGCGGUUAAGGCUUUUCUAGAACACGGCAUGAAGAGACCCUCUUUCUUAGGAGGACCUAUACAUCCCUGGCUAUUCAUAGAAGAGGCAGCCUCAAGAGAGGUGGAAAAGGACUUUGAAUCUGUUUAUAGCCGCUUAGUAUUAUGCAAAACUUAUCGUCUAGAUGAAGAUGGUAAAGUUCUCACACCCGAAGAACUUUUAUAUCGCUGUGUACAAUCAAUUAAUCAAUCUCAUGAUGAAGCUCAUGCUCAAAUGGAUGUCAAAUUAAGAUCGUUAAUUUGUUUGGGACUCAACGAACAGGUCUUGCAUUUGUGGCUAGAGGUAUUGUGCUCUUGCCAAGAGGUAGUGCAAAAAUGGUAUCAUUCCUGGUCAUUUAUAGACUCUCCCGGCUGGGUGCAAAUAAAAUGUGAACUACGUAUAUUGGCCCAGUUUGCCUUUAACCUAAAUCCCGAUUGGGAAUUACCACCAAAACGUGGUAAAGAAUCGCAACCUCUUAAAGAUGGUGUGCGUGAUAUGUUGGUUAAACAUCAUUUAUUCUCUUGGGAUUUGUGAAAGGUUUCAUGUGUUAUUUACUCUUACUAUUUGCUCUUAAUAAAAUGAUGAAUUUUCUUAUUAUAGUUUUAAGUUCAAAAUUUACACAAUCAAUCUAUAUAUUAUACAUAUAAUUAUUGUAUUUAAGCUUUAGCUUAGUUUUGUUUUGAUUUAUUUGUUUUCAAAGACAAAAGCUAAAAACUUUGAUUAUGUUUUAAAUUUUUUUUACAACCAUUAAGUUUUUUUGUUUAAUUUUUACUCAAAAAAAAGAGAAAAUUUUGAAUAUUUUUAGUAACAAAAUGAAACGGAAAAUGUGCAUUUAAUGUUAUAGAUUACAGUUUAAUUCAAAAUAUUUAUUAUUAUGUAUUUGUUAGUUAAUGUUUUAUUUAAAUACCUCUUUAAUUUUGUUUUUGUUAUUUUAACAGAAAAAUAAUAAUGCAGCUUUAAAUGUCUAUUUAUAUAUAUAUAAAAUUUCAUAAUUUUUCUUACAACUAGUUAAAUUUUUGUUUUAUAAAUUAUACAUUUUAAAUCUCACCGUUUUAUUUAUGGCUUUAUAUUUGCUAAAUUAUAGUUAUACAUGAUUUUAAUUAUAUGUAAUCAAUAUACAUAUAUAUUUAUUAUAUACUAUAUGUCAGUCCACUUAAGUGCUUAAACAAAAUUAUUAUAAAAACCAAUUUUCCUAAACCUUUAAACUGUCAUAAGAAAACAAUUUUAUAACAUGUAUGUACCUU